AUGCAUUACAGGAGUGCCUCGGCCGCUGAGCGACGAAGUAGUCACCUUCCUGACGGACCAUCUCGUGUAAAUUCAACUCGGUCCAGGCAUUACGAACGACCCUUUACCCGCGACACCGACUCCCCCAUAUAUCCAACGGCCUACAGCGAGGUCGGUGAAGGGACACACAAGCAUACCAAGAGCGAGAACAGGUUUAGCGGCGUCGAAAGACGGCGGGAGAAGUCCAUUGUUACCACGACCGAGACACUGGUGACACGAAGAAGUCCGAGGAAGGAGAGCUCGAAUGUCGAAAGUCGGCGGACCAAUCUCGAUCGCCGGCGGAGUGUUGGAAGCCCUGUCUCGAAGCGACCGCCGAAGGAUGAGGAUACAGAAGGAUGGGCUCCCACAGUGUCGCUGAUCCCACACUCCUCAGCCCCUCUCGCGACCAGGGUGACAGCACCACCGCUAUCGCGAACUGCCCCUUCGACUCUUGAUCCCAUGCCGCUGGAGACAAUGUCGAUGCAAGAGCAAGAACGAGUCAUACUGGACGACCUUCUGUAUGUCUUCAUGGGCUUUGAGGGCCAGUACAUCCGUUUCCGAGACAUCUAUAACCCCAGCGAUGAGAAGGAUCGACUGAACGGGCCAACUUUCCACCCAUUGCCGGGCCUGGAUCCGAGUCUGAAGGAUUUGACCAGCUCCAUGCUGUCCAUGGCUACUCACCACUGCGCCCUGGAGGCUUUCACCGAGGUCCAAAGCAGAGAGGAGUUUGGCUCUGUGAACCAGGCCCUUUGCGCCGCCAUUCGUAACAUCCUCAAAGACUUUCUGAUUCUUGUCGCUCAGUUGGAAAUGAAAGUAUUGAAUGACCCCAGCUUCACAUUACACAAGAUGCAUAUUGCUGUAAUACCGACGAUGCAAUGUUUGGCUCAGCUGUACUCACUGGCACAAGAACUACUCAAAAAGAAUUCGCUUCUCGAUGAGGACAUUGACGACUCCAUCGACGACUUUGACGCGGACAACAUCAUUGAACGGCUCAAGGAGGGAGGCGACCUCCUUCCAGGAAGCCUGGCCCAGAAGAAGUGCAUUGGGGGCAAUGUCUUGGGCUUAUUAACACAUCGACUAUCGACAUUCUCCGGAGAUCCUGCAGCACGAAGGAUCCUGGAGAUGCUGCUCCGAGAGUCCAGCAGGCCGUACAUGGUCAUGCUGAAUGAGUGGCUCCAUCACGGGGGCAUCAAAGAUCCUCAUUCUGAAUUCCUGAUCGGCGAAAGAGCAAGUAUCAAGCGAGAGCGCCUGGACGAAGACUACACCGACGAAUACUGGGAGAAGCGGUAUUACAUUCGGGACAAAACAGUCCCUCCACAACUCGAGGCGGUCAAAGAAAAAGUGUUGCUGGCAGGGAAGUAUCUCAACGUCGUCCGUGAAUGCGGCGGCGUCAAUGUGUCCAGUAAGAUUGUCGAUACCCCAGCGACGUUCGACGAUCCGCGGUUCCUCGACAAUGUCAACAAUGCCUAUUCCUUCGCAAACAGGGAGUUGCUACACUUGCUCCUGACCAAGAACUCACUCCGAAGCCGACUACGGUCGCUGAAACACUAUUUCUUUCAGGACCGUGCCGAGUUCUUCCUCUAUUUCCUCGAACUCAGCGAGUCGGAACUCCGCAAAAAGCACAGGGAUGUGAACGUGGGCAAAUUGCAGUCCUUGCUGGAUUUGGUGCUCCAUCAGCCUGGUAGCAUCGCAGUGGCCGAUCCCUUCAAGGAAGACGUCAAGGUCAAGUUAAACUCGGUAGGGUUGACUCAAUGGUUAAUCAAAGUUGUGAACGUGCAAGGCAUGGACCAAGACAACCCAGAAUCCGUGAUGGACCAGUAUAAGACGCCAGGGACGGCGGUCGGUGGUGGUUCCCAGGCGGCGUCAACAGAAAAGGCUCGUAGAGACAAGAAAGAUGAGGAAGAAAAAGACAUCAUUGGAUUCGAUGCCCUCGAGCUCGACUACACGGUUCCGUUCCCCUUGUCCUUGAUCAUCAGCAGAAAGACCGUCAUGCGAUACCAGCUCAUUUUCCGGUACACCUUGGCCCUGCGACACCUCGAGACCCAACUCGUGGCAUGCUGGGCAACACACACGAAGGAAAGAGCAUGGAACCACAAAUCGUCAGACCGGCGGUUUGAACUGUGGAAAAGACGGGUGUGGACUCUGCGGUCGCGCAUGCUGGUUUUUGUGCAGCAGAUGCUCUUCUUCGCCACUGCCGAGGUGAUUGAGCCGAAUUGGCAAAAGCUCAUGGUGAAAGUGGACGAGGCGGAGCGUGAGGAUGAGGAGGAUGAGGACGAAAGCAAAAAAGGCGAGCCCAAGCCCACUACUGCUGAAACAGCAGAACCCUUGAUGAAACAGGGGCUCCAUCAUCCCAGACCCAAACCAACCGUCGACGAGCUCAUGCAGGACCACGUUGAUAUGCUCGACUCGUGCAUGAAAGACCUCGGCUUGACGCAGGCCAAGUUGCUCCGCUUGCACGCCAAACUCAUGACUGGCUGUGGCAUGUUUGCCGCAUACGUCGAACAUAUCACAAAGACCUUGUACGAGGCAGACACGAGUCUUCAAGCAGCACAACAGGUCGGAUCUGGAUCCAACAGGACCACUGCUGCUGCUGCCCCUGCUCCACCCACCGAUCCGGCCCGCAUGAAGCGGAUCGAAGAGUCGAUUCGGAAGUACGAGGAGCACUUCAAUCGCCAUUUGAAGAUCUUGAUCGACGCGCUCAAUUGGUUCGCCACCACCGAGACCGUCUCGCUGCUCAGUCUUUGUGGCCGCUUGACUAAUGCUGAAGUCCAGCGACGGGAUGAUCUCUUCCUUUGA